CCGCGCGAGGAACAGUACCGGCCGAUCGGGUUCGAACUUCCGGGUACGCCUCCCGCGUUUCCGGCGGCGCUCUAGUCUCGUCGCUUCUCUGCUGUCCUGCGCUGAUGGCGGUUGCCGGGUUCUUCCUAGGCCGAGGUGCCCGCUGGAUGGCCACGCUGAUGCAGAUGCACCGUCUGGGCCGUCCCAAGCGCCCCCCGUCUCCCCCGGGGCCCCUAGAGGGGCAUCCUCAGCUGAAAGGGGUGGUCUUAAAGGUCCUGAUCCGGAAGCCCAAGAAGCCCAACUCGGCCAACCGGAAGUGCGCCCUGGUGCGACUCAGCACGGGCAAAGAGCUGGUGUGCUACAUCCCCGGCGAGGGACACAACCUCCAGGAGCACAUGGCCGUCCUGGUAGAAGGUGGGCGCAAGCAGGACCUGCCCGGCGUCAAAGUCCGCAUCAUACGUGGCAAAUAUGACUGCGCCCACGUCAAAAAGAAGACGGCUUGAAGGACGGGGUGGGGGAAAAAAGCACCCCAUACCCCCACGGGGGAAGUUGGGAGAGACAGAAAGGACCGGACGGAAAGUGGUUUCGGGUGGAUUUUCAAAUGAGAGGGAGAGAGCAGCGUGGAGGAGGCUGCAGCUGCUGGCUGAGCGGCCCGUACAUUGACUCGAUCAACCCACCAAUUAAUAAAUAAAUAAAUGGGGCGGGGGUCUUCAGCCCCUCCUGGAA